UUUGUUUAUCACGCUCGAUGGGAGUAUAUAAAUCUUGAAUACUUGUUGAUAAUAAUAGUGAGGCAAUACCAAUGUAGCAUUUAUUUAUGACCUGAAUGCAUAACCAAACGGGUACUUUGUGGAGGUAAUUGUCAAUGUGCCAUAGAAUAAUAUCUUCACCAGAACGCGAAACUUUAUUUUACAGAGAGAUCGUCACUUAGUAACAAUUCAAAAACUAAUUUUGUCUGUGUGUGAACUAGUGAAUCUAUUGCAAUGCAUUUCGACGAGAUAUUGCGGCAUCUUGGAGAGUUUGGCACAUACCAGAAGAGAGUAUUCUUUUUAUUAUGUUUACCAGCAAUAACUCAUGGAAUACGGAUGUGUGUAACAGUUUUCCUGCAAUUUGUUCCAAAACACAGAUGUGCCAUACCAGGAUAUGAAAAUGAUACCUACGCUGUCCAGUCUGAAUAUCACCAAAAACUCAUCAACGAAACCAUUCCCCUUGCCAGCAAAGGGUUGGGGUGGUUAUAUGACCAAUGUCAUCUGUAUGAUUACACAAGUAGCAACCAUUCCAGGUCAACGCUAAGUUGUUCUAAAUGGGUUUACGACCAAUCAGUAUUUCUUAACACUGCAUCGUCUGAGCUGAACCUGGUAUGUGAUGAUGCUUUGAAGACCUCUCAUGCUCAGAUGAUAUUCAUGGGUGGUUAUUUCUUUGGAGCAUUUGCUACCGGGGCUUUCUCAGACAAAUUUGGUCGUAAGAUUUCCCUGUACGCGUCUAUAGUAUUGGUAUUAGCAGGCGGGCUGGGUUUAGCCUGGGCCCAAAAUUUUAUAACGUUUGUUAUCAUCAGAUUUAUUAAUGGUAUUGGAACUGCUGGAGUCUUUACAACUUGUUUUGUACUGGGUGUUGAGAUUGUGGGGCCAUCAAAGAGAGCAUGGACUGGUAUAGUUAUAGAAUAUUUCUUUGCUAUUGGUAUGGUAUUAUAUGCUGGUAUGGGAUAUUUUAUACGAGAUUGGCAUUAUCUAGAAAUAACAGCUUCUAUUCCUGUUGUCCUAUUCCUUGGAUAUUGGUGGUUAAUUCCAGAAUCUCCAAGAUGGCUAAUCAACGAAGGACGAACUGAUGAGGCGGAAGUCAUUAUACGUCAUGCAGCAAAGGUUAAUAAGGUCAAACUACAAGACAAAAUCUUUAUAAUGGAAACUGAGGAUCAAAAAGAAGACAAAAAACCAAAGGCCAAUAUAUUUCAAUUAUUUACACAUCGAGUACUAGCAGUUAGAACUAUUAUAAUUUUCUUUAAUUGGAUGGUUGUGAGUAUGGUGUAUUUUGGCCUGUCUUUAAACAGUGAUAAUUUGGGAGCAGGUUCGCUCUUUCUCAACUUUUUUCUGGUCGGAUUAGUUGAGUUUCCCGCCUAUACAGUCUGUAUAUUGUUAUUAGAUAGAGUUGGCCGUAAAGUUUUACAUGUCGGAAGUAUGAUUGUGGGUGGAGUGGCAUGUGGUAUAACGAUAAUCACCAUAUUAUAUGCAGGGGAUGAGAAUCAGUGGUUAACAGUAUUAUUUGCCAUGUUGGGAAAGGUGGGUGCUACAAUGGGAUUCGCUAUUAUUUAUGUGUUUUCUAGUGAGCUUUUUCCUACUGUAGUUAGACAAGCUGGUAUGGGUUUUAGUUCGAGUUUUGCUAGGUUAGGUGGAAUGAUAUCACCAUAUGUCGUCGAUGCGGGUAAGAUUGUUGGUGGGGAUUUUGGCAGAGCAUUGCCCAUGAUUGUGUUCGGAGCUUUAUCUGUUGGUGCUGGACUUCUAACACUCUAUUUACCAGAAACACAUAACACAGAUCUACCAGAAUCUAUAGAGGAUGGAAAGCGAUUUGGAAGAAUUCCCAAUGUAGAAAUACUGAUUUCUGAUGACAAAAAUAAGAGGAAUAGAACGAACUUUACUUUAGUGCCAAAAUCAUCCAAAGAAUACAACGAUACAUUAGAGAACGCCGGAGAAGAGGCAGCAAACAAAUUAUUAUGAUAAAUGUAUCUUCAUUAAAAUUCCACAACCACAGAGCAUUAUUCAAUGUAGCUAGAUAUAAACUUUAUAUUUCCAUAACCAUAUUGAGUAGAAUAGAGUAAUUAUUAGUUUAUAACCAUGCAUUCCCUUAAUAUGAAAAGUGUUAUGACUCUUGUGCUUAAGCCAAAGAAAGUCAAGUUUUUGUAUAUACGUUAAGAUUUGAUCUAAACGUAUAUUGUCGUCACCCGGGUCUUUCGUUCAUCCACAUUUUUGGGAAUAAUCUGAAUUAUUUUUCAUCUCUGCUUUAGUCCAUUGGAAGCAUCUACCCAAAUUGUGUCUUAAAGAAGCAGUCCCAUAUUGUAGGCUCCACUACAGAGUAUACGUUAAAUGAGAAGAAAUAGUCCAAUAACCUUAUCAGAGCUUUCAGCUCAAGAUAUUGUACUGAACAUGACAGUCAAAUAUGAAAUCCCAUUAGAAAAUUUCUUUGUUCAAUUUUAUGAGUGACUUGAUACUCGCGACGACCACUUUCCCAUGAUUAUCCAGAUGCGUUUAAAGCGUACAAUUUGGGGAGUCAUUGCUACCACGCAUAAAAACCAAAGACAUAAGUAUUCCAUAAGCUUAAGGACAAAGUAGAUACCCACAUAUUCUAAACAUUUGAUAGGACUUUUUAAACAUAACCCACAUAUAAUUUUAACAUUCAGAGCUUUGCUGUGAUUUAUCCAUAAUAAAAAUUUAAAGACGCCGGGAGUGACUGACGUAGAGUGGGGUAAAUAGCUCAUUGCUAAUUCCUAUGAAGACGAAGGGUUGUUAUUUAAAACAUUGUGAGAGAGAAUAUCAGUUCAAUUGACUGUCACGGGAACAGAAAAAAUGAAAUAAAAGUAGAAAACUUUUGAUUAACUCUGCUUAAAUUUUAAACGAUAGCAAAAGUUUAUUCUGGUAGCCCCGUAAUUAAAUUUAUGCAAAUCAGACUUGAAAUACACACAGCGUAUGGUACAGGAUUUCCAAUUACCUUUUUGUAGAUGAGAAACGAAUAUAAAUACAAUAUUUGAUCGGGGGCAACGUUGGGUCAGUGAGUAAGGCACUAGCUCACUAAUCAGGUACGAGGUUUGAUCCCGGUCUUGGCCUAACUCAGAUUUUCCCAACAUGGUUUCUCCUUGUCAGUGCUGUAGAUGGAAGGUCGGGCAAGGAACAUUGUCCAGUUAUUCGGAUGGUGCGAAAAACAAAUGUCCGUAGCAUACGUUGGUGUCGACGUAAAAGAACUAUUGACAAUUGAAAUUCGAAAUAAGUAUUGGCCGUUAAAAAAUUAGCCUGUAAGUAGGACGUUAAACCCCAUUUCAUCCCCAAUUAUAACAACAUAGUUGUCUACCGUACAAUAAUAUCGCUAUGAUGGGUCCAAAUCAUGGAACACGGUUAAGACCUGGGAAAUAUUCGUGCCGUGAAUCUGCACUAUGGACCUACAAUAGGUGAAUACUAACACCGCUAAAUGACGUGUCACGCACAAUUUCUUGUAUUUAUUUUGCUCAAACCCAGUUACUGCCAUUACAUCCCCACCAGGGGCGAUCGCCCGAAGGGCCGGUCGGACAAAAAAUGAAAAAAAUAAUUUUGUCCAAUUCGUCUAAAAAAAACUCUUUUCUGCUGAACAUUAUAUGGGAAGGGGGGGGGGGAUAUUGGAUCGGCCAUGGAGCGAUGAUGAUCAUGUUGUAUGUGGCCGUUGGCUUUAACGGGCCGCCACGCCAUUACUGGAGCCUGGAAUAGGCUGGUAUAAUAGAUAUUCUGGGCCGGGUGUGCUGGGUGUGGGCCGGAAUUCGGAAUCCUGCAAUGGGGUUCCGAAUUUCAUCCGAAAAUUUCAUCGGAUUUAGCCGACACUGUCGCCCGAAAUUUACUAAUUAUUAAGUCACCUGCACCCUGUUUGUCUGCCGAUGGUUCGUAACUCAAAAAAAAAAAAAAAAAAAAAAAAAAAGAAAUCAAUUU